AUGUGCUCAUAUCCACUCAUACCAGAGGCAGGGGGGCGGAUAGGCAGGUGGCACCAUUGCGGCACAUGCCGGCGGGCAUUGAAUCUGGGCCACAUGCGUUUACAUUUGACAAGAUCCAAAUUUAAACCAGGAGGCUCGUCUCACGUAUUGUUAUUUUUCGCGACGAGUAGCAAGACAACGCGUGGGUUCCUUGGCCUUUCAUACCGCGAGACAUCGAAGGCGGUAGAACUUAUUGAGUCAUAUCAGCUCAAUUACCCAUCCGUAUUACCUCUUGAUACUAUGGGGUGGAAGGCUGUAGAGCUUCGUCAAAAAGAACAGAACGCUUGUCAGAUAACCCGUGGACUCGAACACCGCUCACACCCCACGCCCCAAGAACUCCUCGAAUCGCUUAAUACACAGUCUGCUGACUGGGAGUGUCAUCACAUGCAGAUGGUCCCGGAAAACGAACUGGCAGAGGAGGUAGGGCCCGAGGUAGAGGCAGAGGUAGAGGCGGGGGCCCGAGUGUUAUGGGUGUUGAUGGUGAAGCAGUUAGAGGUUCCGGCCGCGGAAAUGGUAGGGCAAGGGGUGGUCGUAGUAUUAAUCGGCGCGGACGUGGGAGGGGUGGGGGUGAACCCGAACAGCAUACACAAGAGGGGUCGGAAAUUGCAGGCAGUAUUGGCCGAAGAGGUCGAGGUGGAGGCAACGGAGCAUUGGGUAGCGGUGGAAGAGGGGCUGAUGGACCAGGCAGGGGGGGAUUGCAGGGAAGUGUUAUGGGCAGCGGACAAGGAGGACGAAGAGCAACGAGAGGGUUACCCCGGGGAGGUAGAGGUGGAGGCGGGUCAGAUCGAGGUCGUGGUGGAGGGAGGCAGAGUCGGAAGCGGCGGAUUAAGCGGCAGUGGCAGUGGACGAAGAGGUAUAGGGAGAGGCAGGGGUAAUGGACGUGGGGGUAGGGUUGGAGGUGGCGGAGUUGGUGGCGCGGGCGGCCAGCCAGGACGAGCUACACCCAAUGCAAUGGUGCUAACUGAUUCGGACUCCGACGGAGAGGCAUCAGACCACUCAGACUCCGACAGCGAUGCCUGGGACGCUCGGGGGAUCUUGGACGAUAUCGAUACAGGCUUUGGAAUUGCUCCCCAAGGAGGAUUACUGGAGGUAUCUGGCUAUGGAUCUGACUGA